AUUCUCUAUUUUAAUUUUUGUAUUAUCCUUUUAUUCACAAUUUAGACUCACAAUUAAAAGAAAAAAAUAAAUUUUGAUUUCAUUUAUAUAAAAAUAGAUAUCUAUAGAGAAAAAUAGAUAUCUAUAGAGAUAGAAUAGAAAAUGAAGAAUUAGAAAAUCGAAAAGAAAGAAAAUGAAUAAUUUGAAAAUAAAAAAGGAUAAAAAUAGAAUAUAAUUCAAAUAUUGAAUUAAUAUUAAUAUCUAUAAAUAUUACUAAAUCAGUAAUAAAACGAAAAAAAAAGAUGAAUCAACUAAGAUCAGACCCCCAAUCCCUUUUUGAUUUGAACUGAAUAAGUUCAAAAUAGUUUCAUUCUUAAAUCAAAAAGAGAAUAAAUUCAAUAUUCAUACAAUAUCUUAAUUGAAUUCUAUGGAAUGAUCAAUCAAUUUAGUUUAAUUCGAUAUCGAUGCAUAUCAAAAUUCUAGCAACAAUUUAUUCUAUCGAAUCAAUAGAGAAGUGGAAUUGACGAACAACCCAUAAUACUAUUUAUUAUUUAUUAGUAUUGACUUAAAAAUGGGGCGUGGCCAAGCGGUAAGGCGGCGGGUUUUGGUCCCGUUAUUCGGAGGUUCGAAUCCUUCCGUCCCAGAUCAUAUAUUUUAGAAAAUAGAAUAAUAGAAAAUCCAAUUUUCUAACUAUUGUAAUUUUUCUAUUACAAAUAGUUAUCCAUUUUCUAUUCAAAUAGAAAUGAGAAUUUUUUUCAAUACUUACUCGUUCAUUAUUAUUACUGAUUUAUUAAUCCUAGCGAUUCUAUUUCUAUACUUCUUCGAUAAAAAAAUUAUCAUCAAAUGACUAUUCAUCUAUUGUAUUUUCAUGUAACUAGAGGAAAAAAGAUCUAUGGAAACAAAGUGGUUCAAUUCAAUGCUGUUUAAUAGGGGUUUAGAAUACAGGUGUGGUUUAAGUAAAUCAAUAGAUAGUUUUGGUCCUAUUGAAAAUAACGGUGCAAAUGAAGACCCAUCUAUUUUAACUGAUAUGGAUAAUAAGAUUGAUAGUUGGAAGAACAAUAGUGAAAAUUCGAGUUCCAGUCAUGCUGAUUAUUUAGUAGAUGUCAGCAACAUACAGAAUUCCCUAUCUCAGAAAACUUUUUUAGUUAGCGAUAGUAAUAGGAAUAAUUAUUCCAUAUCUUUUUCUAUUAAAAAUCAAAUUUUGGAGAUUGACAAUAAUCAUUCUUUUUUAAAUGAACCAAAAAGUUUCGCUAGUUAUCAAAAUUCUAGCUAUUUGACGAAUGUCUCUAAGAGUAAUGAUCCUAAUGAUACUAAAUCGAAUUGGAAUCAUCACAUUAAUAGUUGGAUGGAGAGUUAUCUUCGUUCUCAAAUCUGUAUUGAUAGUUCCAUUUUAGAUGAUAGUGAUUUUACUCAACAAAUAGAAAAUGAUAGUGAUUUUCCUGAAAUAGAAGAUUAUGAUUAUGAUAAUGGUAAUGAGUUUCCUGAAAUAGAAGAUUAUGAUUAUGAUUUUCCUGAAAUAGAAGAUUAUGAUUAUGAUAAUGGUAAUGAGUUUCCUGAAAUAGAAGAUUAUGAUUAUGAUUUUCCUGAAAUAGAAGAUUAUGAUUAUGAUAAUGGUAAUGAGUUUCCUGAAGUAGAAUCUGAGAGUGAUUUGACUCAAAUCGAAAAUGAUAAUGAUAGUGAUUUUAUUCAAAUAAAAAAGGAGUUUCUUCCAAUAGUAUAUGAUGAUAAUACUAGUCCUUUUGCACAAUUUGAUCAUUUAUGGGAUGUAUGCGAUACUUGCUAUGCACCAAAUUAUAAGGAAUUUUUGAAAUCCAAUUUGCAUAUUUGCGAAUGUUGUGGAGAUUAUUUGAAAAUGAGCAGUUCAGAUAGAAUUGAACUUUUGAUUGAUCCUGGUACUUGGAAUCCGAUGGAUGAAGACAUGGUUUCUCUGGAUCCCAUUGAAUUUGAUUCGGAAGAGGAACCUUAUCAAAAUCGUCUUGAUUCUCUUCAAGAAGAGACAGGAUUACCGGACGCGGUUGAAACAGGCACAUGUCAACUAAAUGGUAUUCCUGUAGCAAUAGGUAUUAUGGAUUUUCGGUUUCUGGGGGGUAGUAUGGGAUCCGUAGUGGGUGAGAAAAUCACUCGGUUGAUCGAAUAUGCUACCAAUCAACUUUUACCUCUUAUUAUAGUAUGUGCGUCUGGAGGAGCGCGUAUGCAAGAAGGAAGUAUCAGCUUAAUGCAAAUGGCUAAAAUUUCUUCUGCUUUAUAUAAUUAUCAUAUUUGA